AUGUUUCUUUCUUCUACAGUACUAAAUGUAGCAGCAGGGAAGGCACCCAUGCAAGCGUCCACCGACGAGGGUGGAGUCCCGCAGCGAGCGCUGGACGGCAGCACGGCGGCCUCGUUCAGGGCUGAUACCUGCACGCUCACCAAGCCCGAGCGAGUGCCCUGGUGGUACGUGAACCUGCUCGAGCCUUAUAUGGUCCAGCUGGUGCGAUUGGACUUUGGAAAACCGUGUUGUGGUGCCAACAAACCGGCUGUGGUGGUCGUUCGAGUGGGCAACAACCGUCCAGACUUAGGAACUAAUCCCAUUUGCAACCGGUUCACCGGGUUCCUAGAGGAGGGGCAGCCUCUAUUCCUGCCCUGUAAUCCACCAAUGCCAGGCGCUUUCGUUAGUGUGCACUUAGAAGCUAGUGCACCCAGUCAGCUGUCAAUCUGCGAAGCAUUCGUGUACACCGACCAGGCAUUACCUAUAGAAAGAUGCCCACAGUUCAGAGAUCAACCGCCUGGUAGCACGGCGACCUACAACGGGAAAUGCUACAUAUUUUACGAUGGACAGCCGGCAAAUUUCAGAGAUGCUCUCGGCUUUUGCCGAUCGAGAGGGGGCACUUUAGUAGACGAAAGCAAUCCAGCGCUGCAAGGUUUCAUCAGCUGGGAACUGUGGCGGAGACAUCGGAGCGACAGCAGCAGUCAAUAUUGGAUGGGAGCGGUCCGCGAUCCUCGGGACCCCGCCAGCUGGAAGUGGGUGAACGGGAACGACCUGACCGUUUCCUUCUGGAACGCUCCAGGAGGCACAGAAGGCUGCGCAAGAUUCGACGGCAGCAAAGGCUGGCUGUGGGCCGACACCGACUGUCAAGCUAAACUGAAUUACAUCUGUCAGCACCAGCCGAGAGCAUGCGGAAGGCCGGAACAGCCUCCUAACUCGACUAUGGUAGCAGAGGUGUUCGACGUGGGCGCGUCAGUGGAGUAUUCCUGCGACGAAGGCCAUUUGCUCGUGGGGCCUACCACCAGGACAUGUCUGGAUACCGGCUUCUACGACGAGUUCCCGCCUGUUUGUAAACGCAUCGUGUGCGGCUACCCCGCCGAGAUACAGCAUGGCUCCUACCAGCUGCUCAACGACUCCGUGUCGUAUCUAUCACAAGUGGAGUAUUCCUGUGCCAGUGGCUACGAGAUGGUAGGCCGUUCGAGGCUCGUCUGUGAUAUCGACGAACGAUGGAACGGCCCGCCACCGAGAUGUGACGUGGUGAUGUGUGAGCCUCCACCAGCGGUUGCCAACGGGCGUGUGAUCGUGGCCCGAAACGCGAGCGUAUUCGGCGCAGUGGCUGAAUAUUCGUGCUCGCGUGGUUACCGGCUCCAGGGAUCACGCAAGCUACGUUGCCUCGACACCGGCCUCUGGGACUUGCCAGCGCCUCUCUGUCGUCCUGAAGAACGAUCUACCACAACAUCGACCACUACUACGACCACACCAGCUCCUACUACCACGCUUCCCCCAUCUCCGAGUACCCCCAGAUUAGUCCUCCCGACGAGGCGUUUGAACCCUUAUCUCUCUUCACCAACCCCGUUUGUCCCACCUGAAACGACGCGACGUCCGCGCCCCAAAACCACCACAGAGAGGGUCACAACACGAGCAGACGAAAGGACUACCAUUCGAACAUAUGAAAGACCUCCAGAGAGGAAGACCACUACAGCAGACACUCAGGAGUCAUCCACCAAUCACAUGCAUCACAUUAUAGUUGCUAGCCAUCCAAGAGAAAACCAAUCGGUUGAUGGUCAACGACAGACGGUCGGCGCUCGGUUGAACACAGGCGCUGUGGUAGCGCUGGGCGUGUUCGGUGCUCUCGUGUUCCUGAUAGCUAUUAUCACCACAGUGGUCAUCUUAGUCAGGAGCGGGCCCCGCAAGAGGGCGCCCGCGCGCGAGCUGCCCUCCCGCUGGUACACACUGCUGGCGCUGCCGUUCCCCGACCAGCAGGUCGGUCGGCGCGAGUUUGCGCGCGCGCACCGUCUUGCGCAUCGCGCCGGACACUUCUCCAACCCUAGACACCACAACGACGUUAAACGUUACAGCCACCACGUGUCGCCCGACUGCAACACGGUGGCGUCACUGGACUCCUCGUCGUCCGAGUCGCGGAGUGGUCUGAACAGGUACUACCGGCAGGCGUGGGAGGAGUUGCACGAAGCGGCCGGAGCGAAGCACGGACACAGGCGGCACGAGCGCGAGGCGCCUAAAGAGGGCUCCGAGCUGGUCGUGUCCGACGUCCACCCGGCGGCGCACGCGCACGCGCGCGACCAUCGCCGCCACCACCACCACCACCAUCGCGAGCCGCGCCAUCCUGAUUGGAACUCACCCCACCGGCCGCGGCACAAUCAUAAAUCUAGAUACUAA